AUGUCAAGUGGGGUUUGGGACUUGAUGGAUCUGAUGCCAACUAGGUGCAAGUGGAUUGAGAGGUUACGUCGAUGCGGCAAGACUUUCCUACGACGCCAGCAAAGGUUGUUGAGGAGGAUAAGAAAGGUUUACUUGCACGGUUUUCGCUCAGACAAGCUGAAGAUGUUGGUACGUGCUAAGGUCCACGGUGCUACGCCACUUGUCAUAGCGUGCCGCAACGGACACUACGACGUAGCCGAAUACCUCAUAGAGAGAUGUAAAGCAGAUAUCGAACAACCUGGUGCAGUAACAUUCGACGGUGAAACAAUCGAAGGUGCACCGCCGCUCUGGUGUGCGGCGGCGGCUGGUCACCUACCCCUCGUGAGGCUGCUGGUCCGUGCUGGCGCGAAAGUCAACUCCACCACGAAGACUCACAGCACACCGCUCAGAGCGGCUUGCUUCGACGGCCACUAUGAUAUCGUUAAAUUCCUAGUAGAAAAUGGUGCAGAUAUAGAAAUACCAAACCGGCACGGUCACACAUGUCUGAUGAUCGCCUGCUACAAGGGCCACAUAAGGAUCGCGAAGUACCUCCUCUCAUUGAAGGCCGAUGUCAACAGAAAGAGCGUCAAGGGGAACACAGCGCUGCACGACUGCGCGGAGAGUGGCUCGCUGCAUAUACUAAAAAUGCUACUGUUACACGGCGCUAGUAUGGACGUUGACUCUUACGGUAUGACUCCCUUAUUGGCCGCUGCAGUAACCGGCCACAGGCAUAUAGUCGAGCACCUUAUCAACGACGAAAAUGGACUCGUAUCGAGACAACAACGCAUCGACGCGUUGGAGCUUCUAGGAGCGACGUGUGUCGACAAAAGAAGAGACAUGGUGGGUGCGCUUGCCCUGUGGAAGCGAGCUAUGGACGACAGAUUUCCUACAGACGGAAGUGAACCGAUAUCAAAACCUAAAGACAUUCCUUGCAUAGAGGCUUAUGACUACGCCGUAGAGCCAAAUGAUGCACAGGAGCUGGAAGAACUCUUGGCAGAUCCCGACGCGAUGAGGAUGCAAGCACUCGUUAUCAGAGAAAGGAUUUUAGGUCCAGCACACCCAGACACGUCCUACUACGUACGAUACCGCGGCGCCGUGUACGCGGACGCUGGUCGCUUUUUGCGGUGCAGACAACUUUGGCACCACGCCCUGGAUAUGCAGCGCACUGUUCUUCCGCCUCUCUCACCGCUUACACAGUCCAGCCUCUACAGUUUUGUGGAACUCUUCUCCUAUAUGCUGGCAGAGAGAGCGCGCCCCCCAUUACGAGGUCGUAUCGUGCCCCCCGUAACGUUCGAGGACAUUGACCCCGUGUUUAAAAAGGCCCUCUCGGAAGUGGAGCGCGGAGUGCAACUCCUGGAUUGCAAGCUAAAUCUGGACCGCGAAGUGACGCUGCACACGAUGCAGGCGGUGAUGAUCAUCGCGCUGCACCUGGCUGCGCUGCUGGCGCAACUGCUGGACGACCUCGACAUCUCGCCGGAAACCGUCAAGCAAAUUCAUAAGGCCGUGUACACACUCGUCAAGCUGGAUAUUAAGGUUCGUCAAGGUCGCACUCCAUUGCACAUAGUCUGUUCUGGUGAAGCGGCUCGUUCUACCAGUUCUAGCCAAUUUGUAGAUGGUGGGAAACCAGCGCCUUCUCCCGCUCUCGUCGGUUUGAUGCUACGUCUCGGAGCAGAACCCGACGCACGCGAUGCUGAGGGUAACACGCCCCUUCACCUCGCUUGCAUGCUGAAUCCCUGCCCAGCUGACGUGGUGCGAAAACUGCUCGAACACGGUGCCCAUAUAGACACGGUCAACUAUGAAGGCAACACCCCGGCCGAGUUGCUGGUGACGACCAACCAGAAGCUAUGGCAUAUCGUCAACCCGCUCAAAUACACCACGCUCAAAUGCCUCGCCGCUAGGACUGUCAAGGACUACAACGUACCGUAUAGACAUGUGGUACCGCAGUGUUUACACUCGACUAUCAUCACUCAUUAG